GCCGGAACGGUGUGUUUGUGUACGUCCUUGUUAAAAACCUCAUUUUGUAAAGGCCAAAUCAAUAUCGGAAUCGGAAAUAAGCGAUCACUGCGCUAUUUAUCCUGCGAGAGAGCCAGUCGUUCCGUUGUGUUACGGUGCAGCAAGAAUCUAUAUGUGCAUGUGUUGUGCAGCCGUGCCCGUCGACUGCGUAAUCAAUCAAACAAGCGCGCGUGCGGCCCCCUUACUUUCCGUCGCGUGUGGUGUGGAAAAGCCAUCAAAAUACGAACCAAGCAAGCCCCGGUGUCGAUUGUGUCUCGGGCAGCGAGACACAGCGAGCAGCAUCACCAUCAUCAACCACCGUCCGUCUGCGGUGCGGCACCGGACGACGGCGACAGUGGCCCGAUAGCAGCGACAACAAAGACGGCGUCCAAAUUCGAAACGAUGGCGGAAGCCCAGCGACUGAUCGGGAUAUCGCUGGCGAAGAUAGCCCAAUCGAGGGUGUGCCGUGGUGGGGUAUCGCUCCACAAGAACCUGCUGGUAGCGACCGUCCUCCAGAAGGCACGUUACAUCUUCAUGGAGGAAGCGUACCACAUCGUGCACGGACACUACUUGCAGCAGCAGCAGCAACAGCAGCAGCAGCACCAUCAUCAGCUGAUGCAGGAGCAGCAGAAUGCCGCCUAUCUGCUGGCGGGUCACUGUGACAGUUUGUCAGCUGACAGCUCAUCAAAUGACAGUUGUGAUGAUGAGUGCAGCAACAGCAAGUGCGGUGUGGUGGACGAGAGGUCACAUCUGCACACGAUAGGCACUGCUCAGGAGGACGAGCUGGUCGACCCGGUCGAGGAAGAUGAAACGUCUGCUUCGUCCUGUGCUGCUAUUGGGGAGAGCUUAUCGUACGACUGUGACAGUACCAUUCUGCCUACUACGAUCGGUGGUCUACCGCUCGAGCCGCUCAACAUGUGCCGCAAUGGUGGUGGUUCUUCCGGCACGGAAGAGGAAGACGAGGAGGAAGAAACGGGACCGGGAGGAGAUGAUGAGGAGAAGCACACCUCGCCACCACACGAUGUGUCCCAUCUGUUCCUACUGCCAGCACUGGCACCGUGGAUAGGUGCCGCGGAAGACAAUAAGGAGAACGUUAGCUCCGGCGGAUCCUUUCCAUUCCUACCAUCCGUAGUGUCCUCGCCAUUCGACGACGAAGAAGACGAGGAAGAGCCGGAAGACGAGGACGAUGAGGAGGAAGAAAACACCUGCCAGGAUCUGUCCUGCCAUCAGCGGAAGCCGGCAGUAGUGGAGGAGCAAACGCCCGAACUGGUGAAGCAGUUUGAAUCGGCCGUCCGAUCGAAGGGUGCUAUGCGGUACUUCGAUUUGGACGAUCGGCGACCGGUGGGCCGGCCCGAACGCAGACGCCGUAGGCAUCGCACGGAGGGUGACCAUCAGCAGCAACAACCUCUAGAUAGCAAUGCCACUUCUACGCCAGCGAAACGUCGCCGAUCGUCUACGACCGAUGAGUCCAAGGCGUCGCUUGCUAUGACGAACAGCGAAACGGGCAGCGGUCACCCAGUGGAGGACGAUGAUCGCAUCCUGCCGAUAGCGCUACUCUCAGCCAAGCGCAUGAAGACGUGUGAUUCCCAACGCCCCCUAACGCCGGCCAUAUGCAACAGUAGCAGCCACGGUAAUACCAGUCCACCGCAGUUCUAUUCGUCACCGCACGAAACCAUCUGUGCGGGCGAUGCGGAAACCCUGUCCGAGUGUGUGAAUCAGCAGCUUGAGGCGGAAAAUCUCACCACCACAAGCCUUCCCGCUUCCGGGUCGAAGUCACCGGAGCUGCAACCGCACACCGUCGAGCAACCGGAACUGCCCGACACGGAUGCACCGCCCACACCGUCGGUGGAAAGUAUCGACCGGAUAACAUCACUCGUUUCGAUCUUCAGCUUCGGCAAUCUGUCCCGGUCCGUGUCGACGCCCGACUUCUGUGCGGCCCAGGCCCAGAAGGACAGCCGGCCGGAUGCGGGUGGUUCGCUGUUGACCAGCCAGCUGCAGCAUCACGGACAGCGCGGCUAUCUGACGAUGACCGUAUAACUAAUGCUGCUGCGGGCCCUCGAUUACGGUGCCGGUGGAUGGAAUUACUUCGAGUACUAGUACGAACUGGUUACGUUACGUUUAUGUGGGCAGGGCCAAAACACACAAAAGAAAAGAAGGGAAAAAAACACCGACUAAAAGGACGUGAUAGUAGAUCUAAUGCGAUAUAUAUGAUUGGGUGAAAGGCGUAGAAGUAGAAGUACAGGAGGUGGAGUAGUCGAAUUUCGAAAUAGCGCGAAAUCUUCCGUGGACAGACGGAGUUGUACUAUUCAGGUGGGAAAAGGGAUAAAGUUUAGGAAUGUGCGCGCGGGUAGUGCCUCUUACUUCAUAACAGUAGUAGUAUCAACUGAUCCCCCAUGUCGCUCUUUUUAUCUUCAACAGAGUAUUGGGGUCUAUCAUACCUGAAGUUAGAAUAUUUAUAUCUGAAAAAGGGAUAUCAGUCAAAAGCUGGAGCAAAUAUUGGACCCGGGAGCAGUAAAGCGCAGAGAUGAAGAAUGCUGAAGAAUUCGGUUCGGUUCUGCUCUCGGCAGCCACGUCUACUGUUACGUUAAUCGACCAUAUCCCGCUAAUUUCUUGAAGAUUAUUCCUGAGAAUAUCGUGCAAAAAUAAGCAUAUUCUGCAGCUGAUCGACCCUUUUAUUGGGAAAACAAUCUAAGCAUAACACCAGAUAAGCCUCCAAAUGUCAAUACGCAUACAGAGCGUCUAGUUGAAGGUAUGAUAGACACCCAUGAACGGUUAAGGUUUUAUGCCCCCGUCGUCGUUUAUCUUUCCGCCAUGUUGCUUCCUUGUGGUUCCGGGCUGGGAAAAGCCACUGACCCCCGGGAGAGUCCGGAGAAGUUUGAGUUAGAGCUUUGAGCGCGUUUCCUCUUUUGACCCUUUUACACACCGGAGUAGUCGAUAGCAGCAGGGGCGAUCGGUUCAAGCACCACCACCACCACCCCGGUGUGUUGUGGCAAAAACGGUACUUUGCAUUCGAAACAUCGCGAUCAUUAGCGAAUCGAACGGCUGGCCCCAGCCUCGCUGGGAAGCACAGAAGCAGGUCGUGUGUGGCUCACCUUCCCUCUCACCAGUCGAUCUGCGAUCGUAGCGUGCGAAGGAACUCCGGGUGAUUGGGCAGAUAGAAGGGUGUUGUAAGGGUGUAUUUCCUUUUACCACCUGAGAAGAAGCGGCAGCCAAAACGGGAACAACACAACAAUAAAAAACCGCUACUAAAAGUGACGCGUAGAGAGCGUGGAGAUGUCCGUUGGAAGGAAUGAAACAAUGGCACCAAUCCCGCACGUCUGUAUGUGCGAGAGUAGAGAGCAUCAUCAUCUUUCGAGUCGGGUCGGUCGGGAAGAAAUGUUUAAAUAUGGCUAGAAGAGAAAGGAAUAGACGGAAUAGGACCAGCACCGAGAAAAGAAACGGUUCGAUCCAUGUUUCGGUGCAGGGUUUUGUGUGCAGCAUAGCGCCACAGAACGGUAGAGCGAGAGCAAAUGGGCAAUAAUAACUCCGCAUAGAAGCAUAAAGGGUCACGCGGUAAGGGGCACGCAAAGAGUGCGCCACUUUCCGUCGCUUCCGUCGAGCCGGAGGGAGCCGGAGAUCGUGUUGCCCAUUAUCAAUCGAAGGCAUCGUUCCGUUCGCUGUGUUGUGAUCUUCCAUCCCCACUAAACACUCCGGUAGCAGCAGCAUAACGCGGAGUCCAUCGUGUGCGGAGUGUGUUGGGCAGCAGACAACUGCAAAUAUCCGUGAUGUACUUUUGAAGGUGCUGUAAAAUUGCACUAAUACAUGCGCCACCGAGCAUGCAAAGAGAAGGGAAAAACAACGCUCAAAUCUAAGAUUCCCGGUGAGGUCGUCUAUUCGCGGGGGUCGGUCCGUCCGUGGUUCAAAGUUUGGGUCCGCGCCGUUGCAAUAGUUGCAGUUUUCUCUUCUACAUACACAGAGAGGGAGAGAGAGAGAGACCCAUCACGAUCACCUUACUCUCAUGUCUAAUAGUGCAGAAGGGAAAGGGUGAAAUGAAUUUGUAAAAUGGGUUUUUGCGUUAUGCGACGAAACUGGCCGAUGCGUUUUAAGAUGGCCGAUGAUGAUGAUCCGGUUUGCAGCGCCACCGUUGAUAUAAGGGGGGGCAACUUUAGGGUUGUGCAAAUUAGCAAGAUGAUGUGCAAUAGCGGUGCAUUGUGUUGCGUAGUAUGUGGAAAUCCACAGACGGAGAUGAAAGUUAGUUUAUUGGGUCCAAAUCACCUUCACCCCCCACCGCACGAUCAUCAUCGAUCGCGGAAUGUCAAUAUGUUGAUGGAUCAUUGAAGCAGAAGCAGCACUGCUUUUGCCAUCAUUCGUGUUCAUCAUCAUGCUCGCUUUGCCGAUGACUCGAUUGGAUUUGCGAAGAAAAGCCCACCCCGCCAGAAACAGUCCGGAAUGCAUGGGGGCGACGACGGUAUGAAGAAGAACCACGAAGCGUCGAAGGUUUUUGAAAGUUGUUUCCGUUUGGCUGUGAGAAAAUUAGUAUGACGGGGUGGGCUUUUUUUGUUAUUGGUUUGAAGAUGGGUUUUUCUUCGGACACACAUACAAAAGAUUAGAUCGGUGUGUGUGUUUUUGUUUCUUCGCUGUGCAAACACUAUUGUACGCGAGCGCGCGCGGGAGAUUAGCUUUCGCGAGGCAUAAUCAUUCAAAUGGAACGUUUGAUUUUAGGCGCGAUGUUAUUUUAUUGUGGUUUAUGUUAGGGCGGGUGAUACGGUGGGGCAGUUGGUGGUUGAGUAGAAAGGAAGAGUGAUCGUAAAUGUGUGUGGUUAGCAAAAAUGUUUAUGAAAGUUUGCACUGAUAACUGCAAUCAGUGAUGACAGCGAAUGUAAACUAUGUUUUUUUUUUAUGUUAGCUGUUUUCUAAAAGGUUUUUUUGUAACAAUCUUUUGUUUGUAGAUUGUUACUCUCUUUUGGCAGGAAUAAAUGUUUAUUCUGAUGUGUUUAAUCUAAUGUUUCAUUAUGAUUUAUUCAGUCAACAAAAAGCAUUAACAAAUUUAUUGAAUCCAAGCCUGGCUGCUUUGUUUACAUUUUUUUGCUGCAAUUUGCUAUAAUGCAGCUGUGCUAUAAACUGUCAGAUUUUUAAAUCAGUCGUUUCCAAAAUCAAUGCAAAUUAGGUAUGGAAAAUGUGUUAGUUAUGUUCCCAUUCUCGCACAACAAUAACAACAAGGGGGGGUAAAGCAAAAAUUGAAAGCAAUUAUUCGAAGGUGAUCGUAUAACCUUCCACCACCCGGAGGACUGGCGAACAACCGAUCGUACCGAACCGUGUGUGUGUGUGUGUGUCAAUGAACUUUGCGCGCCAGCCGAUCGCGCUCCCAUCGCGUGGAUACCACCAAACGGACAGAUGAUGAUUUUACAACCCUCUUUGGCCUCCCUGUGGCCUACCCUCCCACCCCAUCCUCCCCUCUCAUGUGUCAUUUUCGGUUGAAUUGUGAUACGAAAUUUUGCGCAUUUCGCCAUCUUUUCUUUCGGUGCCACAAGAAGAAUUAUGUGUGCGCGAUGCGUGUGUGUGUGUGUGUGUGGUGUGGGGCAAAAAAGUGAAAGUUUACAUAAAUGCGCUGGUCCACUAGAAAACCCUUAAUUCCAUCAUUCACCACCACCCCCACUUUGAGGGGGGAGAGGAGUGUCUUGAUCGUCACCACCAUGCGCCCCCCCCCCAACCCUUCUAAA